GCAUUGCCCAUCGCCCAACUUACAAAGAACAUCACCACCUGGAAUCGGGAGACAAUAAGCAACAGCAAUAGCGCCGUUAAAACAUAGUUCCCGCGCACAUUUCCAUACCAUCAUGUUGGUCAGGAAAGGAUGGACGACCAAGGUCUUUUCCUCGCUAGCAUUGCUUGCAACCUUAGCUACGACCUUGGUCACGGCUGAUGAGCACUCACACAAGUAUACCGAGCUGGAGGAGGUCGUCGUAUGGGCCAACUCUGUUGGGCCAUUUAGUAAUCGACAGGAGACAUACGAGUACUUCCAGCUGCCGUAUUGUAAGGGCGAAGGCAAGGUCGAGCAUCGCCACGAGACCCUGGGCGAGGCACUGCUCGGGAUGGAGCUCGUUAAUUCUGGAAUCUCGAUUCGUUUUGGACAGAGCAAGGCUGUCACGCCAAUUUGUUCACGGCGCUUACUGACGCCGCAGGAUGUCAAGACCUUCAGUUAUGCAGUCGCUCACGAUUACUGGUUCCAAUACUUUAUCGAUGAUCUUCCUGUCUGGGGGAUGGUUGGAACCCGGGACAAAGAGACGGAGCAAGUGUCGCUAUACACUCACCAGAAUUUCGAGUUUGAAUACAAUGGCGACCAGAUCAUUUCUGCCAAGGUUACACCAGGUCAACCGGUACCGUUGAUCAGUUCGCAGGCAGGACUAAAUGUCGACUUUACGUACUCCGUCAUUUGGAAGUCAACCGACAAGGAGUUCAAAUCGAGAUUCGAGCGCUAUCUGGACUCAGACUUUUUCGAAAACAAGAUCCAUUGGUUCUCGAUUUUCAACUCGUUGAUGAUGGUUUUGUUCUUGACGGGCUUCGUCAGCGCCAUGUGGAUCCGGCAUCUUCGCCGGGAUUUUGCCCGCUACGACAAGGAGGCUGGUCUGAAUGAUUUUGACCAUGACCUGGGGGAUGACUAUGGAUGGAAGCAGAUUCAUGGCGACGUGUUCAGACCGCCAGUAAACCCCAUGACAUUUGCAGCCUUUGUCGGAACUGGUCACCACCUGGCAUGGACGUCGUUCUUUGUGAUCCUGUACACGAUCUUUGGACAGGAGUGGACUGAGCGCGCCAGCAUCAUGACAGCAACCAUCUUUAUCUAUGCCCUCACGUCCAUGAUCUCAGGAUACUCGAGUGGCAGUCAAUAUGCACAGUACGGAGGUCGGGACUGGGUCCGCGUCAUGUUCCUGACAGCGGCAUUUUGGCCUGCCUCGGUCGCCAUCGUCACUAGCUUGAACAAUACGAUUGCCAUCUACUAUACCAGCUCUCGCGCUAUUCCCUUUGGCACCGUGAUGGCACUUCUUUUCAUCUGGCUGUGUAUCGUACUGCCAUUGACACUCGUAGGUACGAUCCUCGGAAAGAAUUGGGCAGGUAAGGCCGACUUUCCAUGCAGGGUCCACCCGAUCCCUCGCCCAAUUCCUGAAAAGAUCUGGUACGCCGAACCAAUUGUGGUGAUCGCGCUUGGGGGCAUCCUUCCGUUCGCAUCGAUCUUUAUCGAGAUCUACUUCCUGUUCACGUCGUUCUGGUCCUAUAAGGUUUACUAUGUCUAUGGCUUUGGACUGCUCGUGUUCUGCAUCGUGAUGCUGGUAACGGCCUCGGUCACGGUCGUGAGUACCUACUUUGUGAUCAACACAGAGGACUACAGAUGGCACUGGAUGAGCAUGGCGACAUGUGGAUCGACAGCCGCCUAUGUCUACAUCUAUGCGGUGUAUUAUUUCAUGCAAAAGACAAAGAUGUAUGGUCUCUUCCAGACUAGCUUCUACUUUGGCAACACUGCAUUGGCCUGCAUGGCCAUCUUUUUAAUCCUAGGGUCUGUGGGCCAUUAUGCAGCCAACAAGUUCAUCAUGAGGAUAUACCGUAAUGUAAAGCUGGACUAGACUGAGAUGCUUAUAUUACUCUAUAUUACUACAAGAAGGCGUGAUGGGCAUGGUCUUUUUUUGAAAAAUGAUCUUUCUUUUUUUAUUCAAGGCGAAUAUGCAAUAAUAAAUGUUCAAUAUCGUAUUUCUAUCCGUGGUAAAAAAAAAAAAAAAAAAGUAUUAUAUUUAAACGCGCUUGGG